AUGACAGACAUGCCUAUAAAGACUUCUCACCUGGAUAAAAAUAAUGUUGAAAAUUUAGUUAAACCGAGCCAGACUACGUCGGAUUUGGUACACGAAUUCCUCAAAGAACAGGAGAUCAACGUUGGUUCGUUUGAAUAUUCGCCCGCAAGGGAUUGGAUCAAAGUAUCAUUGCCCGUCAAGGAUGUCGAAAGACUGCUCGAUACGAAGUACUCUGUCUAUGAACAUGAGGAUGGCGACCGUUUGGUGAGAGCACCGACAUGGUCUCUACCAGCGCAUCUACACGGGCAUAUCGACACCAUACAGCCCACAAAUUCCUUCUUCCGCCCCCAAGGCAGGCGCAUGACAUACAAGACGAUCACGCCUAUUGAGCAGCUCAACCAAGCACCAAAGUAUACUCUUCCAAGCCUGAACAAUACCUCACCUGAUAACAUCACGGUUUCCGCAGCUUGUAAUGCAAGCGCUGUGACUUCCCUUUGCCUUCGUACUCUUUACGGAACUUUGGAUUAUAAGCCGCAAGCACCGGACAAAGUCUCAAUUGGGUUGACAGAUUUCCUGAUGGAGGCCAACAAUCGCUCAGACGUGCGGAUCUUCCUCGAACGUUUCCGGCCUGAUGCAGUGUCUGCGGCAGACUCCUUCGCUGUUGAUGUCAUCAACGGCGGAGACAAUCAGCAAACUCCAGAUACGCCUGAACAGCUAGACGCUGGCAAAGACCUAGAAGGAAAUCUCGACGCGGAGACCAUCCUCGGAAUUGACUAUCCCAUCCCUCUAACGGCCUUUUCUACGGGCGGAAUGAUGCCCCCUUUCAUCCCGGACCAAGUGACGCCUGAUGACACAAACGAGCCUUACGCGGAGUUUCUUGAUUACAUCCUGGGUCUGCCAAGUAUCCCUGCGGUAAUUAGCUCUUCCUACGGUGACGAUGAACAGACCGUACCAGAGUCAUAUGCCACAAGAGUCUGCGCGAGCUUUGCCCAACUUGGUGCACGUGGCGUUUCUUUUCUUUGCAGUUCUGGCGAUUCAGGUGUUGGGACUAGCGGUAAAUGUGUCUCAAAUGAUGGCCAAAAUACGCCCGAGUUCCUUCCCUCCUUUCCAGACGGUUGUCCGUAUGUUACCAGCGUCGGCGCGACCAAGAAUUUCAACCCAGAAGUUGCGGCCUUUGAUGCCAGGAACAAUUUUGCAAGCGGCGGUGGAUUUAGCAACUACUUUGGGCGUCCCAAGUACCAAGAUGUCGGCACCGUCGUUAUGAACUACAUCGACGGCUUGGCCGGUAAAUUCGACGGACUUUACAAUAAGAGUGGCCGUGCAUAUCCAGACAUAUCAGCGCAGGGUCAGCACUAUGUGACUAUCUGGAACGGAAGUGUCACGUUGCUCGACGGGACCAGCGCAUCGUGCCCUACUGCUUCCAGCAUUCUGACUCUAGUAAAUGACGCCUUGGUUGCCGCCGGCAAGCCUGUCCUUGGCUUUCUCAACCCGUGGCUAUAUUCCAAGGGCUAUGCGGCUUUCACAGACAUUCUCAGCGGUUCCGCUAUAGGGUGUAACUCGGACGGCUUUCCGGCAACGAAGGGUUGGGACCCGGUGACGGGUUUCGGGACACCUUUCUUCCCAAACGUCAAGUCUCUGGCUUUGGAAACUUAUGUAUCUCUACCACUAGUUGUUCCAUUAUCAACCUAUUUGACGUUUUGCACCUCCGAUACUUUUCUAAUGAUCGAAGCUAUGCCCACGAAUCGAAUGCCGUUCCGUACAUGUGGCACAAAUCAUGAUUCAUAUCCGUACUUCUUGCUUCCCAACGCUCCUUUUACCUUGCUUACUACCUUGUCUAUCGUUGACUUUGGCUUUGAAGUACUCGAUUCGGGGACAGAAGUGGGAGCAGAAACUUUCUCCGCCCUCUCUGGUUGGGGUUCUGGGGGCAGGAGGUUGGCUCUCGCGUAUACUAUGUCGACUGUGGGACUCAUUGUUGCUUGA